AGUAUCUUUAACAAACAUAAACGAAGCCCUUCGUUUCCCUCUGAAGCUCCUGGCCACCUCCUCCUCAGUUCCUCGGUGCUUUUCAUCACCCAUGGCUUCUCUUUUCCGUCAAAUAUCCAAAUCCCAGUUUCGAUAUUUAAUAUCUGGUAAUAAAAAUGGAAUAUGUUUAUUGAGCUCCCUCUCCAAUCGUAUCAACCCAAAUCUUCUCGGACCACCAUUACAAGUGAGAUCUUUUGUCACGGCCCUGGAAAAUGUAGUUGGAUUCAAUGAAAUGGUUUCUGGUUCCCAAAGAAAAUAUUACAUGUUGGGAGGGAAAGGAGGUGUAGGGAAAACAAGCUGUGCCGCGUCACUUGCUGUGAAAUUCGCAAACAACGGUCAACCGACUAUUGUGGUCUCGACUGACCCUGCUCACUCGUUAAGCGAUUCGUUUGAUCAAGAUUUGAGUGGUGGGAUGCUUGUUCCUGUACAAGGUGUGGAUUCUCCACUUUAUGCACUAGAGGUAAGCCCUGAGAAAGCAAGGGAAGAAUUUCGAUCGGCAAGUCUACAAGGUGAAGGAGGUGUUAAAAGCUUCAUGGAUGGCAUGGGCCUUGGGAUGCUUGCUGACCAGUUGGGAGAACUCAAGCUUGCAGAGCUGUUGGAUACUCCUCCGCCUGGUCUAGAUGAAGCUAUAGCAAUUUCAAAGGCAUCUGCAAUAAACUACUAUGUUAUGCAAUUUGUGGAGUCACAAGAGUUAAGUAGAUUUAGCCGCAUUGUGUUUGAUACAGCUCCCACGGGUCACACCCUUCGAUUGCUGUCACUGCCAGAUUUCCUGGAUUCUUCUAUCGGCAAGAUGAUGAAGCUCAAGAAGAAGAUAGCUUCAGCAACUUCAGCCUUUAAGUCGGCUUUUGGAAAAGGAGAGCCACAACAAGAUAAUAGUGACAAGCUAGAGCAGCUAAGGGAAAGGAUGGCCAAAGUGCGAGAUCUUUUCCGUGACACGAGGACUACAGAAUUUGUUAUAGUAACAAUUCCCACGAUGAUGGCACUAAGGGAGUCCUCAAGACUCUGUGCAUCCUUGAGGAAAGAAAAAGUUCCAGUUCAAAAACUUAUCGUGAAUCAGCUGCUACCUCCAUCCACAUCUGGUUGCAAAUUUUGUGAAAUGAAAAGAAAGGACCAAAUGCGUGCUCUUGAUAUGAUUCAGAAAGAUACGGAAUUAUCAACACUGAAAAUGAUAGAGUUGCCGUUGAUUGAUGUGGAAAUAAGGGGUGUCCCAGCUCUCAAAUUUAUGGGGGAUAUUGUUUGGAGAUGAAAAAAAAUUUGUGUUUUGAAAGCUUAGCCGUCUUUAGGUAAACCAUCUACGCCCUUGUAAAUUAUAAGGGCCCGUUUUUGUUAAUUUAUUUGUUUUUCUACAAGAGGGAUAUCGAACUUGGAAAAAGAUAGCUUAACUGUCGUUUCCAGCUUAAUAGUUGCAGGGAUGUUAGCUUUUAAGUAGAUUUGUUUAAGCUUAAAACUCAUCAACUCUUGCUUGAGCAAAUAUUUUCCAAAUAUUAUUAAUCGUUUUCAUGGGAGUUGGGGGUCUUAAAUAUGUUAGAACUCGAGAUGCAGAUCCCACGCUAAACUUGUGCAUUUUGUU